AUGCAUAGUGUUAGUGGAGAGACGGACCACAAUGCCGUAGUGCUCGAAAGAAGUGUAUUUGAAAAAAGAUCGGAAUCCUCGGAUGUAUUCUACACCCUUUCUCUAGGUGGCCAUGAGUUUGUAGAUCGAUUGGCUAAUGAACCAUUCAAGAAAGAAAAUACAGAUGGUGACUCAGAAUUACAAAAAAAUCCUACAAGACCUGAAAGCAAUGACAACUUCUGUAACAAUAUGCAAUUCGCUGAGGAACAACAGCGGGCCCGCUUGGAGCGAGAGGUCGAACUUGAGCACCACUCAGAGUUAGAACUUGAGUACCAGCCAGAGGUCGAACUUGAGCACCAGCCAGAGGUCGAACUUGAGCACCAGCCAGAGGUCGAACUUGAGCACCACUCAGAGUUAGAACUUGAGUACCAGCCAGAGGUCGAACUUGAGCACCAGCCAGAGGUCGAACUUGAGCACCAGCCAGAGAUAGAACUUGAGCACCAGCCAGAGGUAGAACUUGAGCACCAGCCAGAGGUCGAACUUGAGCACCAGCCAGAGGUAGAACUUGAGCACCAGCCAGAGUUAGAACUUGAGUACCAGCCAGAGGUCGAACUUGAGCACCAGCCAGAGGUCGAACUUGAGCACCAGCCAGAGAUAGAACUUGAGCACCAGCCAGAGGUAGAACUUGAGCACCAGCCAGAGGUCGAACUUGAGCACCAGCCAGAGGUCGAACUUGAGCACCAGCGAGAGGUAGAACUUGAGCACCAGCCAGAGGUAGAACUUGAGCACCAGCCAGAGGUCGAACUUGAGCACCAGCCAGAGAUAGAACUUGAGCACCAGCCAGAGGUAGAACUUGAGCACUAA